CAAUUGUUGCUGCAGCUUGAUAUAUUGUUUUCUGGUCACAAGGUAACAUAAAAAAUUUAGAAGGAAAAAUAAAGACUAUUACUUUGAUGGUAAACUGGAGUUACAUUUAUUAUAGCUUCCCAAAUCUAACCACUAGGUCCUAUACAUGCUGGGAAUACGAGCAAUUAGUUAGUGGUUUGAGACAGAUAUGUAGUUGAAAUAUUGAUGACUUCUCAUGUGGAAUCAAACCUACCUAAGGACCACUCUUCCUGGAAAAAACCGUAAGAUAUUGAUAGUUCUAAAUCAAAAAGGUACUAUAAUGUUAAAUGAAGAGACAGCUUAGUAUAUUUGCAUGCACCUUAUAGUUAUUCUUGCCCAACAAUCUAUCAAGAUAUAUCAGGAUAUAAAAGACAAGCCCUUCACUCUUUUUUCCACAAUGUUGUAGAUUUGAGAGUGGUAUGUAUGUUGAAGUAAUUAUUUAGGAUAUUAAUUUGGGGAUCCAAAAUAAGCAGAUUCUGGAGAUCCUCUUUAAUGAUGAAUUGCAAAACAGUUUGAGACCAUGCUGCCUUGUUACACACGAGGCGAUUCUUUUUGUUAAUACUUUUUUUACUUGAGAGAUAUAUCACAUAAUCAGAAAGUUUAGAUAGGAACUCUAUUUUGAAGAGGAGCCCUACUGUGAACUCUAGGAAGCUUGGUGGAUGAAAGAAUUGCUAACAUGGUUGUAGUGCACAUGACUUUCUAACUUUUUAGAUAUCAAGACACUUACAUGGAAGACCUUUAAUGAUACAAGUAAAAGUAAAAUUUUAAUGGGAUAUUGCGUAUUCUGUUGAUUGUAUACAAAGUAUAUUAUCACGAUACACGUUUGUAUGCAUUUCUUUGUUUUCCAGGACUAUCUAAAGAAUAUGUUUCUUAGUAUUAGGAAUUCCAGAAUUCGCUAAAGUAUAAUUUUUUGUGGUCCGAUGCGAAGGAUAUAGUUCAUAUUCAGACGUGUUGCUUACUGUUCUGGUUUAUGUUUUAUUUCUAGCAUUUCCGUAAAUUAUUCUAACCAUCAUUUACUACACAUUAUUACCGAUAUACAGUUAUUAUUGCAUUUAUUUUCAGAUAUACUAGACAAUAUGCACUAUCCUUGUGGAAUUAAAACUUUUCAUAUCUUUUUUGUUUUUAUUUAACUCCAUACUUAACCAAUAUGCAAUUGUUUCUUCUAUUUUCUUCAAAUAAUGAUGUCGAGAAAAGUUCUUCUUUAAUUUACUCCAAAUUAGAACAAUAAAUAGUUUAAACCAUACCAAGUGGCUGUCUGAUAAUCACCACCUCUUGUUAGCAUAUGCAUAAUUGGAGCUCUUGGCAAGAGUGUGAAGUUACUACUAAUGAGUUUGAGAAUCAUAAUUGGAGCUCUUGGCAAGAGUGUGAAGUUACUACUAAUGAGUUUGAGAAUCAUGUAUUUUACUAGAUUGGUUACUUCAGGUAUAGUAAAAAAUAAUGCAGAGUUUGAGUACAAUUCGUUGUGUAAGAAUAUUUAAACCAAAUUUUUUGGGUGCUCUAAGAGAAUCGGUUAUAUUGAUACAACAACCACUACCUUUACCAUAACAAUCAGGUUUUGAGGUCUGUGACUUUGUGCCAAAAUUUGGCUUAUUAGUUCCUUGCUCCCGGCAUGAUUGCACGGAAGUAGAUGAGCCUAACAAUCACUUGUUAAAUGCCUCUGCUGGCUAGAGCUGUUUUAAUCUCCCUUUUGCUUUUGUGUACUUGAACUUCUAGAACUAAUUACAUUUCAGAAAACUAUGAGUUGCCAGUUUCAAAUUCUUUUUAGAAAACCAUGAUAAACAUGUUUAGUUUCAAAACAGAAAACUAUGAUAAACUAGCCUAUUAUCCACAUGUUUAAUCUGUGUUAAUAUAUAUGCAUUUGUCUUUGAUGGAGUUGGUCAGAAUAUUCAAGCAUGCCCUUCAAUCAAUUACACUGCUUAGUGACAGUUAUGUGCUGGAGAUUGUGGAUACCUUAGCAUACUACAAAACUGUUGAUUUCCUAAGGUUACUCAUUUUCUCAUAGAACUCAACCAACUCAAGGAUAUCAAGAAACAUAAAAAGCAAAGCUACAAAGAAAAACCCUUGCUUUGUGGUCUUAAACGUGGAUUAAACCCUAAACCUGUGUCAUCCUCAUAUUUUUAAGGUUUAACAGGGAUAUUUCCACCUCAUUCAGAAAAUAAUGGCUUCGUUUGGGUCUCUUAAGCAGGCUGUCUUUGAUAGAGAGACAAGGAAACAGCAAUACCAAGAUCACAUACGAGGCCUGAAUGCUUAUGAUCGCCACAAGAAGUUCCUCAAUGAUUAUGUUGGAUUUUAUGGAAGAGAGACAUCUACACAAGAAAAGUUGCCUGUUAAAACAGAUCAGGAUACUCUUAGAGAAGGAUACCGAUUCAUACGAACUGAGGAAGAUGAUAUGAAUCCAUCUUGGGAGCAAAGACUGGUGAAGCGCUACUAUGACAAGCUUUUCAAAGAAUAUUGCAUAGCUGAUAUGACACACUAUAAGAGUGGCAAGAUUGGUCUGAGAUGGAGGACCGAAAAGGAAGUGACAUCUGGGAAAGGGCAUUUUGUCUGUGGUAACAAACACUGCAAUGAGAAAGACGGUCUAGCAAGCUACGAGGUAAAUUUUUCAUAUGUUGAAGCUGGAGAAAACAAACAGGCUCUGGUGAAAUUGGUAGCCUGUGAGAGAUGUGCAGAAAAGCUUCUUUAUAAAAAGAGGAAGGAGAAGGAUCAAUCUAAGGAAAAUCUGAAGGAUAAGCAUAGAAGGAAAAGGGAAAGAUCUGUAAGUGAUGAUGAAAAUAAGGAUGAUAAUUAUGAACGAAGGAAAGGCAGGAGUAGAGGGUCGAAGGCUUCAACUUCAUCUGAUAAUCCGGAUAAUGAAGAUAUUGACGAGUAUCUGGAGGGAAUGUUUCCUUGACAGGAUGUUCUUUUCAGAGAUUUCAAAUUUCAUUAAAUUAGUUUAGGUUGUAGCUAGGUAUUUUCGCUUUGGCAAUGGAGAGGAAAUUUGGCAGGAAAAGUGCAAGUAAAUUCGUAUGGAGGUUAAGAAACACAUGAAGGAACCUGGAAAAGCUGGAAGUAUGGAGCUCAAGUAUUCUAUUUGGUUGUCUCAUCCAUACAAAAGCAAGAAGUGCAGCAACUGAUAUUUCUACUUAGUUUCAACAGCUUUUGCUAAUAAGUAGCUCCUCUGAAUGUAAAUAUAGAAUCCUUGUACACUAAUGUUCAUUAUGAAGUUCCUUGAAGUUUAUUCCGUUGA